AAAACCAGAAAUAACCAAGAGUACUACAUUACCCAGAAUUCCUUCCGGUCGGAGCGGAAGUUGUUCGUGACGACCUUGGGUAGCUCUUGCAAGCAUGGCGAACAAAGAGCCUAACAGGUUAAUCCAGCACCUGAGAGAUCUCGCCGGACGCAUGUCCUCUGGCUCAAGGGGUGCUGGACUCGGACUGAAGUUAUUAAUUGGAGCAGGUGCGCUUGCUUAUGGAGUCAAAGAAGCAACAUAUACAGUGGAGGGUGGUCAGCGAGCAAUUGUCUUUAAUAGAAUUGGAGGGAUGCAGAUGGACACAGUCCUUUCUGAGGGUCUCCAUUUCAGGAUACCAUGGUUUCAGUAUCCAAUCAUAUAUGAUAUUAGAGCCAAACCAAGAAAAAUAUCAUCUUUAACCGGAAGCAAAGACCUGCAGAUGGUGAACAUCGCGUUGCGUGUUCUAUCCCGACCGGUGGCUUCCAACCUUCCCGUCUUGUACCAGCAGCUAGGGAAGGACUAUGAUGAGCGCGUGCUGCCGUCCAUUGUAAAUGAAGUUCUGAAGAGUGUGGUAGCCAAAUUUAAUGCCUCCCAACUAAUUACACAAAGAGCCCAGGUCUCUCUGCUCAUUCGACGGGAACUCUUUGAACGUGCUAAAGACUUCAACAUUAUUCUCGACGAUGUGGCCGUCACAGAGUUGAGCUUCAGCAAGGAGUACACAGCAGCUGUGGAGGCCAAACAAGUUGCCCAGCAGGAGGCUCAAAGAGCUCAGUUCUUUGUGGAGAAAGCAAAACAAGAUCAGAGGCAGAAGAUCAUCCAAGCUGAAGGAGAGGCCCAGGCAGCCAAAAUGUUGGGGGAAGCAGUCUCAAAGAAUCCCGGAUACCUUAAACUCAGAAGAAUCAGGGCAGCGCAGAACAUAGCCAAAACGGUGGCAGCUUCACAGAACAAGGUGUACCUGAACUCAAAUAGUCUGGUUCUGAAUCUACAGGAUGAGUCUUUUGACAAAUUGUCACUCGGAAAGAAGUAACCCAUUCAAAUAGCACUCUAAUUGUUCUAAUUGUCAGAGGUUCUAUUACAAGAAGCCGUAUGUGUGUCCUUUGAGAUGGCUUUUUCUGAUUGGGUCACAAAUGGAUAUGUCAUUCCGGGCAAGACUCAUUAAAUAUCUAAUGGUGUUGUCCUGGUCCGUCAGUUAAAUUUGACUCCACAAUUUGCUGAUGAUCAAAACACUGCAGAUUUGUGAUAAUGAAUGAAGGCAGGAAUGUACAACUGUACCAGAUCGUUCAAUUCUUUACAACACUGAUUGAUGCAACAGGAAACAUGCCUCUUUAAAUGAUACAUUAGAUGAAAUCAAGGUUGGUUGAAAAAAAUCCAUACAUUCUUUUAGGAAUGAUUUAUGUCUUUGCUGAAAAAUAAUACAGUUGUAUAUGUGACACAAAAUGACAGCUAAUAAAAACUUUCAUAUGUUA